AUGAACUCACACCAGAGGAGCACCGAGCAGCCUGACGACGAUUCUUUCUCCUCUGCAAUGUGCGAUCUCAAGUCGUCCGUUACCAAGAACUGGAGAUUUCUGAUCCCUUCUUGCUUCAGUGGAGCGUCACCGUCAGCACUGCCGCUCUCGUCGCCGCCGCCGACCACCGUGCACCAAGUCUGGCCUGGGAGAAAUGUUUUUUUCUUGGAUGGCCGUGUGAUCUGUGGACCUGACCCGCGAGGCCUCAUCUUGUCGGCCAUUUCAGUCCUUCUUGCAGAGUGGAUCUUCUUGGCCUACGUCGUCGACCCGUCGUCGAAGCAUCCAAUCCUGAUCGCUGUUUUCUCCAUGGCACUAGCUGCAACCGUGCUUGUCACUCUGCUCCUGACUGCAACAAGAGAUCCUGGGAUCAUACCAAGAAACCAAACCUCAGCGUCACAAGAACCCGGCACGAGCAACCUCAGAAGAACCAGGAGCCAGCGCAUCGUCGUUGACGGCGUCGAAAUGAAGCAAAAGUACUGCAGGGUCUGCAAGAUGUUCCGUGCUCCGAGGAGCUCGCACUGCGCCGUCUGCGAUAACUGCGUCGACAAGUUCGAUCACCACUGCCCCUGGAUAGGCCAGUGCAUAGGACUGAGAAACUACAGGUUCUACCUGCUGUUGAUAGCCCUGGCGCUGGCAUUCUACACGUACACGCUUGCGUUCUCGGUGAGGAGAAUCAGAGUGAAGCUGGACGCUCCUGCCGGUGCAGGUUUUUUCGUUUUGCUGAGAAGCUCACCGGAGAUGCUUGCUCUUGCGGCGUUCAGCUCCAUGGCUGUCUGCCUCCUUGCCUGCCUCUUAGCCUUUCAUGCCUUCCUUGUGGCGAUGAAUCAGACGAGCCAUGAGAGGCACAAAGAGCGGUACCGAAGCUCCUCCAAUCCUUAUGACAGGGGUGCCGUUGGGAACAUUAAGGAGUGCCUCUUUCAGAAAUUGCCUCCUCCGAGAGUCAAUUUCAGAGCCGUUGCCGAGUCUGGAACCAAUUAG